AUGUCCGACUCCGACGAGAUCAAGAGGGUGCCUCUGAAACCCAUGCCGUACGACAGUGCAAUUCACGAGUUCCAGCGGACUGCCGCUGACGUUGCGAAGAAUCGCAUCCAGAGAACAUCCCCAGACAGCUAUGGGAUAUUUUAUGAUCCUGAGACCAAGGGUCUCAAGGUGUAUCACCCUCAGGCUUCGAACGAAAUACCGUCCCCGACCACGUCAAAUAAGCGUCCUCAACAAAUUCCAACUUAUCCGGCAACAGAAGCACGUUGGAUGGGCAAUCCUAAUGAUGCUAUUGCCAUCUUCUCUGGAAGUGGCGGGGUUCGUCGAACUGGAGGGAUACCGGAGCUGAACGACGCAAUUCUCGGACUUUUCCCUUCACAGACAGAUCAGUUGCAUACGGUAGCAGUGGGAAUUGAUACAGAAGACCCUUCUAUUGGAGCACCCUUUCUGAGACUUCUCUUUGAUACAGGUUCCAGCUUGAUCUGGACAUUUUCGGAAAAUACUCUUCAGAUGGACAGCCAAAUUGUCUUCCAACGUCCCAAUGCUUGUCAUUAUACCUCUGAUGCUACUUCCUUGCCUAUAACCACUGCUGUAUAUCGGUAUCACAAUGGUCUUCAGAUUGUACCACAACUACACCAGGGGCCUAUGUAUCUUGUUGGAAAUCCCAAGUCAACAGCUCAGAAUGAAUAUCAGGUUCAUCGUGUGGAUAAUAUGAUAUUUGGCACUGCAAUUCAGGCAUCUGCUGGUUUUACUAGAUGGAACUUUGACGGAAUACUUGGUAUGGGAUUAAUCCCACCUACUGAUAUCUCUGUGUUCUGUAACCAGAUUUUUAUUCAACAAUUAUCAGCUCAAAGAAAAAUUUCAGCUGCAAGGUUCACAGUUGCCUUGAAAUCAAAGGAGUUUGAUAGCUAUCUUAUCCUUGGACCUCACAAGGCUAUCCCAGAUGAGGUAUGGAGCAACUGGGUUAAUACAGUGGAUGGUUGUUCAUCCUGGGCAAUUCAAUGGGAUGCAAUGAUUAUAAUGGAUCACAACAUGAAUACUAUUGGCUAUCUCCCAAGUCAAGGCCAAAUGCCUUUUCUGGUGGAUACAGGCUGCUCAACCACAUUUUUGCCUUGUGAAAUCCGAAAAGCAUUAGAGUCUGCUCUAAGUGCUGAAAAGGAUGCCUUUUCAGGCAAACUUUUCUGCAGCUUACAAAAUCCUAAUUUGAAAUCUUGGAAAAUGCAGUGCUCCUUUGGCAAUUGUGUUCUUACUAUCCCACUUUUUCACUUUGUCGACCUUCAUCGAGUUGGGCCAAAAGCUGAUACAGUUUGGUGCAACUUCUCAGAUGGUUUAAGUUCUGGUCAGGUUUAUGUCAACCAGGAAAUAAAACAAACCUACGUUUUGGGAAAUGGUGUUAUGAGAAACUUAUUGGUUGAAUUUGAAUAUCUUUCAAAUCCUUACCAUUAUGGACGAAUCCGCUUUGCUCAGCGCCCCCACUAG